GUGGGGUCAAAAAAUAAAAAAUAAAAUAAAGAAGAUGCCAUAUAUGGAUAUUAAUAGCCACUAGAAUAGCCAUUGGUUCAAAGCGCAGAUCUCAACACUGCCAGGAAAAUGGCAGGUCGUGCAAAACCACUUUCGACUCUGCUGCUCUGUUUCCUCCUCCUUCUCUGUACCUCCACUGCCAUCCACGGAAAGAAAAUCCGACGAGCUGCGUCAUACCACCCAUGUAAAAGCCUGGUCUUUUACUUCCAUGACAUUAUCUACAAUGGCCAGAAUGAAAAGAAUGCAACUUCCGCCAUUGUUGGAGCACCGGCAUGGGGAAACAUGACCAUCUUGGCAGGGCAGAGCCAUUUUGGCAACCUGGUGGUGUUCGACGACCCUCUUACUUUGGACAACAAUCUGCAUUCAACCCCAGUUGGACGUGCUCAGGGGUUCUACUUCUACGACAGGAAAGAUAUAAUUGAGUGGCAACCAUCUAGUGGAGAUUUCAUUAAAAUUAACACUGAUGCAGCAACUCCUCCAAGUCAAGAUUUGGCUAAGCUUGGUGUUGUACUUAGAAACAAUGAAAUUUUGAUCUUGGCAUCUAUUUCUUCCUAUUUUUGGAGAUUUUUCAGUAUUGUGAGUUCUAUUGAUUCUAUGGCGAGUUUUGAAAGAACUGUGACUCAUCCUGUUGCUGCAAUGGUUGCUACAAAGGUGAUAGACCAACAUAUUGUCAACCCUGAAUUUAUAAAACGGGUGAUAUUAAAUCUUCUUAAUGCCCCAACUACCUUAUUUGCUGCUCCAGUUACUAAACCUUGGUAUUUUGAUUCUGGUUGUUGUAAUCACAUGUCUUCAACUACUGCUUAUCUCUCUUCAAUGUCACCAAAUAAUUCUUUUCCUGACAUUUAUUCUGUUGAUAGCUCCUCUAUGAAUGUUAGUCAAAUCGGUAUUCAUGAUCUUAAGCAAUUUCUCAAUAAUAAGUUUGAGAUGAAAGAUCUUGGUGUUUUGAGUUAUUUCUUGAGACUUGAGGUCACCUCUUUUGAUGAUGGUUAUUUUCUCUCCCAAACAAAAUAUGCUUCUAAUCUUAUAUCUAAAGCUAGACUCACUGACAAUAAGACUGCAUCUACUCCUCUUGAGCCAAAUGUUCGACUCACAUCCAUGGAUAGUUCUCCAUUAGCUGAUCUUACUCGCUACAGACAGUUGGUUGAAAGUCUAAUUUAUCUCACUACAACACGACCAGACAUAGCUUUUGUAGUUCAUGUUGUUAGCCAAUUUAUGGCAAUGCCUCGCUCCACUCACUAUGUAGCAGUACUUUGCAUUAUUCGAUAUAUUAAAGGUACCAUGUUUCAUGGCCUUCACUUUUCUUCUCAUUCAUCUCUUGAACUUCAUGCUUAUUCUGACGUUGAUUGGGUUGGAGACUCUAAUGAUCAUAAAUCCACCACUGAAUCUUGCCUUUUUCUUGGUGACUCCUUAAUCUUAUGGUGUAGCAAGAAGUAGACAGUUCAAUCAUGUUCUAGUACACAGAGGCUGAAUAUCGAGCACUUGGAGACACCACAUCAGAGUUACUUAAUUUACAUUGGCUACUAGAAGAUAUGGGUGUUUCUCAACCACCUGCUACUAAUCUUUAUUAUGACAAUCAAAGUGCCAUGCAAAUUGCUCAUAAUAAUGUCUUCCAUGAACGCACUAAACACAUUGAGGUUGACUAUCACUUUGUUCGCCAUCUGUUCAUUUGGUUUUUAUUGGCUCUGUUGAUCAACCAGCAGACCUUUUCAUUAAGGCUCAUUUUCCUGGAUGUUUUCGUACUCUUCUUUCCAAACUCAAGUUGGUUUCAUCACAACCACCUUAAGUUUGAGGGGAGAUGUUAAGAUGUAGACAAAAUAAUUUAAAUUAUAUUCU